UCGGGAAGAUGGCGGCCGGGGUGACGGUUGGCGCUGGUCGGAGAGCGGCCGCUUCACCGCCGAGGAGAUGAAGCAGCCGCAUCGACAGGGUGUCCGCUCCAGUGUCCGAGCGUCAGCCAGUCAGCACAACUCGGCCCGGCUUUCCGGGAUCAGGAGUUGGAAAAGGAAGCCAUUGUGCGUAUGUACUUCUGAUAAUGGCAGAAAAACCACCAUCACUUGAUGCACCCUCACUUCUCAAUGUGGAUUUGUCUCUUCUGCCUCCCCUGGUGAAUGGGGAUGGAACACAGGUUAUUUUGGUUCAAGUCAACCCAGGUGAGACAUUUACUAUAAGAAGAGAGGAUGGGCAGCUUCAGUGCAUUACAGGCCCUGCUCAGGUUCCAAUGGUGUCUCCAAAUGGUUCAGUGCCUCCUAUUUAUGUGCCUCCAGGAUAUGUGUCACAGGUCAUUGAAGAAAAUGGUGUUCGAAGGGUGCUGGUGUUACCUCAGCAGCCAGAGUUUCACCCUGGCAGUCACCCACCAAUACAUCCUCAUCCUUACAUGCCUGCGUUUCUUCCUCCACCUGUCCUGCCACAUCAUCAAAUGUACUCUACAGGACCAGGAGAUGUUGCAACAUCAUAUGUUCCACAGCAUCAUCCUCAGCAUUCAUAUGCAGAUCAAGAAUCUCAUCCUUCUCAUGGGAGAUCCAACUUUAUCCACAGAGAUGAAAGGACUAGCAAAGCUUAUGAACGCUUACAAAAGAAGCUGAAAGAUCGACAAACUAAUGGAUCAAAAGAUAAGAUCAGCAGCCCACCAUCCUCUCCCCACAAACCUCCCACCAGUGACCAAAAUGAACAAGGUAGUCUAAGAACACCCACAGGAAUGGUGAAGAAUAAAUCAGAUAGGAAAAUGCAAGGCACACCUGAAAUAAGUACAGAAAUGUUUGAUGAAGAUACAGACACAAAAGCUCUUGAAGCAUUUCUAUCAGGUGUUGGCAAACCUGUGGUAUCUGACAUCCAGGCAAGGACAGCUGUGCUCACGUGGGCUCCUCCUUCAACCACAAUAAGUGAUGACACUGAUAGCGAUGUUGUACCUAAACCGUGCAGCUAUGAAGUUGCUAUUUCAAGUAGUGGGAAGUUCAAAAUUAUCUAUACAGGACAAGACAUGAGUGUCACAUUGCAGGACUUAAAGCCAGCUACAGAGUAUCAAACCAGGGUGCAAGCAGUGUGUAACCUAAUAAGAGGGACCCCAUCGGAAUCGGAAUGUUUUACAACAUUGUGCAGUGAACCAGACACACCAAUGCCACCUCGAGUAAUAAACAGGACCAAACACACUUUAAGUCUACAGUGGAAGGCUACAUGUGACAAUGGUUCCAAAGUCACCAACUAUAAUUUGGAAUGGGAUGAGGGGAAAGGAAGCAAUGAAUUUUCCCAAUGUUAUUUGGGGCCACAAAAGCAAUUCAAAGUUACCAAAUUAUCACCAGCCAUGGGAUACAGAUUUAAGUUAGCAGCCAGAAAUGAACUUGGAAUGAGUGGUUUCAGUGAAGAGGUGCUUUUCUACACAACUGGCAGCGCCCCUCCAACACCAGCGAGUCCUCAGCUUGUUAAAGCUGGAGUCACAUGGCUGUCCUUGCAUUGGAGCAAGCCUUCAGGAUCCUUAUCUGAUGAGGGCAAUUGUUAUAUUUUAGAAAUGGAAGAUGAAACCUCAGGAUAUGGGUUUAAGCCAAAAUAUGAUGGCGAGGAUCUUGCGUGUACAGUAAAAAACCUUAGAAGAAGCAGUACGUAUAAAUUUAGGGUAAUUGCAUACAAUUCUGAAGGGAAGAGCAACCCUGGUGAAGUAAUGGAGUUUGCCACCUAUCCAGACAAGCCUGGAUCACCAACUAAACCUUCAGUGAAGGGGAAAGUUCAUGCUCACAAUUUUAAAAUAACAUGGGAUCCACCCAAGGAUAAUGGAGGGUCCGCAAUUACGAAGUACGUGGUUGAGAUGUCAGUAGGUGCAAAUGUUUCAGGGAAUAAGUGGGACAUGGUUUACAGUGGAUCGACCAGAGAAUAUGUGUGUGACCAUCUUAAUCCUGGAUGUACUUACCAGUUGCGAAUUUACUGCAUCAGUGAAGGAGGACAGAGUUCGGUCUCAGAAACAUUACUAGUGCAGACACCAGCAGUUCCUCCUGGUCCUUGCCAACCACCAAGACUUGUAGGUAAAGCACGGGCAAGAGAAAUACAGUUACGAUGGGGCCAUCCUCCAAUAAUUGGCGGUUCCCAAGUAAUGAGUUAUAAGCUGGAAAUGUCUACGUCAGACCUGACUGAUCCCAAGGAAGUAUACCAGGGGCCCGAAAUGGAAUGUACAGUCAGCAGCCUGCUUCCAGGAAAGCUGUACAGUUUUCGACUUCGGGCUGCAAACAAAGCAGGGUAUGGACCUUAUUCAGAAAAAUGUGAAAUUUGUACAGCAGCCGGAUGUCCUGAUCAAUGCAAAGCUCCACAUGUUGUGUGUAAAACAGCUACCUGUGUGCAAGUCAGUUGGACAACCCCAGCUGGUAAUGGUGCUGACGUGACAGAGUACAGGUUGGAAUGGGGAGUAGUGGAAGGUGUAAUGCAAAUCUGUUAUUGUGGACCUGGUCUAAAUUAUGAAGUUAAGGGGCUCUUGCCAGCCACUACCUACUUCUGUAGAGUGCAGGCAUUGAAUGUUGCUGGUGCAGGUCCUUUCAGUGAUGUGGUUUUGUGUAUGACUCCAGCAUCUGUUCCAGCUGCUGUAAGUUUUCUGCAAAUAAUGGAUGAGGACCAGCUUGAUAUACCACUCGAUUCCCCAUCAACUUGUCUUGCCAUACAAUGGGAAGAGCCUCGUGAUCAUGGUUCUGAAAUCACAAGCUACAGUAUAGACUUUGGUGACAGACAGCCAAUAAUGGUGGACAGAUCCACUAGCCAUAUCAUUCGAAAUCUACAGCCAGAUACAACAUACAGAAUACGAGUACAAGCUGUAAACAGCAUUGGACCUGGUCCUUUUAGCCACACCAUCAAGACAAAAACAAAACCACUGCCUCCAGAGCCACCUCGACUCGAAUGUGUCGCCUUCAGUUAUCAAACCCUGAAGCUCAAAUGGGGAGAGGGAACUGCAAAAGUUUUAGCAUCGGAUGCCAUUCAGUAUGUCUUGCAAAUGGAGGACAAGAAUGGGAGGUAUUCAACAUUAUACAGGGGACCAUGCCACACACACAAAGUUCAAAGGCUCAGUGAAUCAACAUGCUACAGAUUUAAAAUUCAGGCGUGUAACGAAGCAGGUGAAGGACCCUUUUCUGAAGUUUACACUUUCACAACUACCAAAUCUCCCCCAUCUCCUCUUAAAGCUCCGAGAUUAGAGCAACUGAAGGAGAAUGUGUGUGAUCUCACAUGGGAAGCUUUGCCAGCAAUGAAGGGGGAUCCAAUUGUUUACAACGUUCAGGCCAUGGUUGGCAAAGACUCUGAAUUCAAACAGCUUGAAUGCAACACAGGUCAGAGAAGUGAUCCUACAAUAUUGUGGCCUCUGGAAGCAUGGUAUUGGUAAAUAUACCCAAGUACAUAAAGGAGAAUCUGGCAGUACAACAUUGCAGCAUUAAUUGAUGCAUUUACCUUAUUGAGUUAAUUCAUUCUCAAGUUGAAGCAUCAAUCAA